UUUGUCAGUCAAUAAUGUGCUCUCUGAAGAUUUCCUGUAGAGCUGAUGUGGUCAGCGAUAUGGAAAGGGGAAGGAAAUGUUAAAUAUAGUUGCAGACGCAGCAUACUUUUUCACUCAGUACGGAAGAGAAAGACCAUAACACUCGCAGACACAGAGUUUUUGUCUUAUAUUUAAGCAAACGCAUGUAAAAUGUUCAGAAUGUGUGUCGUUCUGCUCAUCUUUUCCAGCAUCUAUACAGUUGUUGUUGGUGCUCUAGUUACAGUCACAGGACACACAGGAGAGAGAUUUAACAUCAGUUGCACAUAUGAAUCUGGAUAUGAAUCAAAUUCAAAGUAUUUGUGUAAAGGCGAUUGUAACAUUGUAAAUAAAGUCAUCAUGGUUAAAUCAGGAUCUCCAGCUGAAGACCAGAGAUUCUCUCUGAGUGACGACAGGACGGCCAGAGUUUUCACCGUCACCAUCACUGAUCUGAGACUAGAGGAUGAGGGACAGUACUGGUGUGGAGUGAAGAGGACUGGAACUGAUGUCUAUUCAGAGAUUGUGUUGCUGGUUAAACAGGUUGGUGGUGGUGCUCCAGUUAUAGUCACAGGAUACAGAGGAGAGAGAUUUAACAUCAGAUGCACAUAUGAAUCUGGAUAUGAAUCAAAUCCAAAGUAUUUGUGUAAAGGCGAGUGUAAAGUCAUCGUGGUUAAAUCAGGAUCUCCAGCUGAAGACGAGAGAUUCUCUCUGACUGACAACAAGACGGCCAGAGUUUUCACCGUCAGCAUCACUGACCUGAGACUAGCGGAUGAGGGACAGUACUGGUGUGGAGUGGAGAGGAGUUUAAGUGCUGAUGUCUAUUCAGAGAUUGUGUUGCUGGUUAAACAGGAACCAUCAUAUUUCAGCACAACAGAAACAAAUCCACAAUCCAGCAGCAUCACAGUCUCAGAUCAGAACAAAUCAACAGAUGCAGUGUCUGAAAUCUACAUCUGUGUUGAAGACUGAAGCUUCAGUUCCCAGAUAUUUGCUUCUUUGUUAUAAUGUGCUUUAAGUUGCUUUGGAUAAGAAAGUGUCUUCAACAGAAAAUAUGAAUU